UCAACGCGCAUGCCAGACGUAGAUGUACUCAACUCUGCAUCGUGUUGCUUUUGCGCUCGUGUUCGUGUGUUGAGAAUUUUUUUAUAAUUUUGUAGUGUUCUAGAAGCUUGCGUUAACAGACUCAACAUGCAGUUGUUUUUGAGAAGCCAAAAUGUCCAUCCUGUUGAUGUGAAUAAUGAAAGGAUUUCAUAUCUUAAAACAUUUCUUGAAAAAGUAGAAGGUAUAUCAAGUGAAGAACAAGUUCUUUAUUGUGGUGGUAUUCCAUUAGAUGAUGAUCAGGAGAUUGCCCAGUGUUUAACUGAUGGUGCAACAAUAGAUGUGUGUGUCAGGCUUAGAGGAGGUAAAGUUCAUGGUUCAUUGGCUCGAGCUGGUAAAGUCAAAGGCCAAACCCCCAAGGUAGAGAAACAAGAAAAGAAAAAGAAGAAGACUGGGCGUGCUAAGCGUAGAAUGCAAUUUAAUAGAAGAUUUGUAAAUGUUGUUGUAACAUUUGGAAGGAAAAAAGGACCUAAUUCUAACUCUUAAAUGUUGAUUCUUCUUUGUAUGCCACCUCUAAAUUGCUUCUAAAUAAAUUUUGUUUCUUGGCAACUCCAAGAUUUA